GUUUCCGGUCUUCACUCUUUGUAAAUUCCCCUUAGGGGCGUCACUAUGCUCGUACUUAAAUGGUGUCCCACCCUCGUUGCUUAGUACUCAUUUAUUUGCUUCGUCCAAGGGCGGAACGGAAAGAGGCUUUUCGUGUUACAGAAGUAGAUGUUCUUUCAUCACCGAGCAACAAUGGCAUGCUCAAGUCAAGAUGGUGAAAUAGAAGCUGAUAAUGCAUGGUCAUCCAUGCCUAAUCGCGUGAGUUCCUUCCAGUGCUUCCCUCGAUCUGAAGAAUUUUCAGCCAAGCGGCUGGCCCGGGCAGGCUUUUAUUUCACAGGUCAGGCAGACAGGGUGUGCUGUUUUAGCUGCCAUGCGUCAGUGGAGGACUGGAACAAAGGGGACGCCCCACUGAAGAGACAUCAGCAAGCAUCUCCCAACUGCAGGUUCCUCAGCUGUGCUCAUGGUUUGAGAGCCUCCGACUGCACUCAAAGCCCUGUUUAUGACGAAGAGGCCGAAGCCAUGGAGUUCCAGCUCCGCACCGGAGCAGUGGUGGAUCAGACCAUUUAUCCCGCUGUGGCACACAUGAAGAGUGAGGAAGCUCGGCUGAAUACUUUCAGUGAUUGGCCUGCAGAUGCUCCGGUUCAGCCUGAAGACCUGGCAGCAGCAGGGAUGUAUUACUUAGGAACAAAUGACAAAGUGAAAUGCUUUUGCUGUGGGCAACAGCUGGAAGGAUGGGAGCCAGGAGAUGAAGCCUGGGGUGAACAUGCAAAGCACUAUCCAAACUGCUUCUUCAUCUUGGGCCACGAUGUGGGCAAUGUGCCGCUGACAACACCUAGUCCCAGGGUAAAUGGACAGAAAGCCUUUGUGGAGACUUUUGAGGGGCGUCUUGAAAGCUUCAGAGGUAGACAGCAUCCCAUAGACCCUGAGAGACUGGCCAGAGCUGGUUUCUACAGCACAGGAAAACAGGACCAUGUGCUCUGCUUCAAAUGUGGAGGAGGACUGAAGGGGUGGAGUCCUGAUGAAGACCCUUGGGAAGAGCAUGCAAGGAACUAUCCAGGCUGCAGUUUCCUUCUGGCAGAAAAAGGAAGAGAAUAUGUCAACAGCAUGCAGCUGAGAUAUCCAACAGGAGACCAUUCUCAUUCAAGACCGAGUCAGAAUGGUUUUUCAAGUCACGAGAAAGAGGACCCCAUGACGAAACUUGAGAAACUCCAGAUGGAGAAACUCUGUAAAGUCUGCAUGGACGGUGACAUUAACAUCGUCUUGAUUCCCUGUGGACACCUGGUCACCUGUCAGAAAUGCUCUGAACCCCUGAACAAGUGUCCCAUCUGCUGUGCCGCCAUCACGCAGAAGAUCAAGACCUACAGUGCCUAAAAGACACCGAAGCCAACACUCCAAAGAAGUGCUGAUGCUUGUUGAAUGUAAUUCCUAAAAUUGCACAGGUGUAUCAUAUCAAAACUGUGUGCAUGUUUAUAUAUAUGUAAACAUGUAGAUGUAUUAAACUAUGAUAGUUAUAUUGUUUUAUUUUUUCAUUAAGAUUUUAAAAUAACAACUUCUACAUGGAUGUUUGGUUUUGAUCAAGGCUGGGUGCACACUACAUAAUUUAACAUGUAAUAUAUUACAGAAGAGAUGAAAUUUAACAUGUAAAAUAUCACAGAAAAAGACCUCUUGAAUGCUUUGUCAUACAUCCCAUUUAAAUGCUUCCCUUAAUUACAGUUGAGAUUCCAUGUUAAUAAGCAUAGUGCCGUAUGUGGACUACUUUUUAGGAAGAUUUUCAAAUUUCGAUACAAUCAUGUUUUACACCUUCUAUUUCAAUAUUCAUUUAUUUCUUGUAGAAUAAUUGUUUGAAGACUUUUAAUCAAGGUUAAUUUAAACUUUGCCAGUCCAAAUUAGUUUUUCUUCUAUACUUUUCUGUUGUUGUAAUUCCUUUUAAUAAUGUAAUAUCAUUUUUAUUCGUUAAAAUGACAAUAAAGUUGGGAGUUCACAGUG